AUGACCUAUUCUUUAUCAUUCAUUUUCUCUACUUCCUUACUAAGCGCUAAGAAAGAGGAAAAGCCAUCUAUACAUAUACCUCUUUACAUUACCAUUUAUCCGAGAAAGGAUGGAAAGACGGCUAAAACAAAAUGCUUGAAUCCACAAUAUAAUACAUCAAAAAUUACACCAUUAAAAAGGAAGUUGAAGGCUUCCUCUUCUAACUUGUCUUCACGGCUGCUACCAAAAUUUAGUUCUCGCAGAUCAUCGUUUCAAAGCAGGCGUCCAUCGUCCCUGUAUUCUUUCCAUAGUUCGAAUUCUGGUUUGGAAAUAGUUUCUUCCUCAGACAAUCUUGCCACAUCUACGCUCGUCAACAUGCCCACUGAAAUCAUUUCAAAAGUACUCUAUUUCUUGGAUUGCACAUCUAUUCACAAACUUUCCCGUACAUGUACCAAAAUGUAUAGUAUUUGUAAUGACGAUGAUUUAUGGAGGAAACUUUUAUAUGCCGAUUUUCAGUUUAUUGUGCCACCUUCCCCGCAAACUACAGAUGUAACAGUAACACAGACAUUGAAGAAAGAUGAUUCGACAUUCGACGUUGAGGGAGCGCUCGUUUUAGCUACAAGAAAUACACAUACACAAAUGUCAAAAUUGAUCCCAUUACAGCAAUAUAAUACACGAUUCCAAGAACAGCAACAGCAGCAGCAAUUAUUGAAAAAACAAAAACAACAGCAGUGGAAAUUCUUGAUACAGCCUUCCGUCAAUCGUCAGCUAUACAAAAACCAUUGCUUAUUGGGGCGACGCUGGGUGCGUGGGCAAGUGAACGCAACUCGUUAUUUAAGCGGGCAUGCAGACAAUAUAUACUGUUUGGCUUGGUUGAGUAAAAAUAUCGUUAUUAGUGGUGGUCGUGGCAGAACACUUAAAAUUUGGAAUGUGAAAACAAAUCAAUUCAUACGUAGCAUCGAAACAGACUCACCAACAAUAGAGACAAACAGAGAGAAUGAAGAUGCUAACGAAGAAUUGAGUAGAAGCUUCUUAUGUAUGCGAGUCAAUAAGGAUCGAAGCGUGCUGGCCACAGGAACCAAAGAUGCUACUUGUAUUCUUUGGUCUUUACCGAGCUUAACUGUUAAAUGCAUACUAAGGGGACACGGACAUAGUAUAUUGAGUGUUUGCUUCGUACAAACUGAAAUAGAUCAAGAAGGGCAACAAUGUGAAUAUGUCAUCACUGGUUCGAAAGAUCACACAGCACGUGUUUGGGACAAAAAUACAGGUAGAGAAGUAAGACAACUUAUUGGACAUCAUGGGCCUGUCAAUUCGGUUGAAUAUGCGGGUGACAAUCGCGUAGUAACAGCUUCAAGCGAUGCGACGCUCAAAAUUUGGAAUGUAUUAACUGGGGAAUGUAUCAAGACAAUAGAAACGAGACAAAGAUGCGGCGUUUCCUGUAUUCAAAAUAUUGGGCCCCAUCUCUACACUGGCAGCGUUGAAGGUAAAAUCAAGAUAUGGGACAUUGAAACUGGUGAAUGCAUAAAGACAAUGAUCGGUCAUAUUGGUAUAGUGCGCUCAAUAGACUAUAGUAACGGUAAAAUUGUAACUGGUGGUUAUGAUCGUACACUGAAAGUGUGGGAUCCUAAAAGUGGUGCAUGCAUUCUGAGUUUUCAAAGUGGCCAUUCCGGUCUGAUUUUUAGUGUACUUGUAAGCGGUACACAAAUUGUUAGCUCAGGGGAAGACGGACGGAUUAUGGUGAUCGAUUUUGGAAGUGACUUGAACCCCCUUUGA